UGCCGAUGUACCAGGUAAAGCCCUAUCACGGGGGCAGCGCGUCUCUCCGUGUAGAGCUUCCCACCUGCAUGUACCGGCUCCCCAACGUGCACGGCAGGACCGGCAGCCCCGCGCCGGACGCAGGCCACGUGCAGCCACAGAAAAGUGAGAAGCACGUAAAUGCUAAUUUUGAGGAAUUCUAAAGCGAACCCCAGUGUCACCGCUGCCACCCAAGUUAACAGGACGUUGUCAGCGCCCCGAGUGCCCGGCUUCCGCGGUCCGUGUGUCCUGAGUCUGCGUCCUGCGCCCGGAAGAGUCUGACCCAUCUCUUCAAGCUCUUGAGUCCCACCAAGAUGAUAUUUUAAAACGUCUGUACGAAUUGAAAGCUGCAGUUGAUGGCCUCUCCAAGAUGAUUCAGACACCAGAUGCAGACAUGGAUGUAACCAACAUAAUCCAGGCUGAGGAGCCCAGUGCUUUCUCGACGAGCGCAUUGGACUUAAAUUCAGUGCUUGGAAAGGAUUACGGGGCACUGAAAGACAUCGUGAUCAACGCGAACCCCGCCUCCCCUCCCCUGUCCCUGCUCGUGCUGCACAGGCUACUGUGUGACCACUACAGGGUCCUGUCCACUGUUCACACGCAUUCCGCAGUCAAGAGCGUGCCAGAAAACCUCCUCAAGUGCUUUGGCGAGCAGACUAAAAAACAGCCCCGUCACGAGUAUCAGCUGGGUUUUACUCUGAUUUGGAAGAAUGUGCCGAAGACUCAGAUGAAGUUCAGCAUACAAACAAUGUGUCCCAUUGAAGGAGAAGGGAACAUCGCACGGUUUCUGUUCUCUCUGUUUGGCCAGAAGCAGAGUGCUGUAAAUCUAACCCUCAUAGAUAGCUGGGUGGAUAUAGCCAUCUUUCAGCUGAAAGAGGGAAGCAGUAAAGAGAAAGCCGCUGUGUUCCGCUCCAUGAACUCCGCUCUUGGGAAGAGCCCCUGGCUUGUCGGGAAUGAACUCACCGUGGCCGACGUGGUGCUGUGGUCGGUGCUGCAGCAGACGGGAGGCGGCGGCGGGCCUGUGCCAGCCAACGUGCAGAAGUGGAUGCAGGCGUGUGAAAACCUGGCCCACUUCAACACCGCCCUCAAGCUCCUGAAGUGAAUUUCAGUGACUGCAAAAGGCUGACUUCAAGAAUGGUGCUGUUUCACGCCUGUUGUGGUAAAGGAACUUGUACUAAAAUCCGUCUGUUUCGGCCAGUUGCUUAGAAUCAAUAAAGGCAUCCUAUAAUUUG